UGGUGGCUGUGUACGGUGUAUGGGGAGUCUUAGUGCAUCAUGUCAGAGGCUGCAGCUUUGGUUUCUGUUCAGCAGUCCCUCAGACGAUGCUUUGACAUUAUAGAGAAGCACCAUGAAGAAUGGAAACUUGCCAUAAUGGAGUGUGAUUCCAUGGUUGUUACCUUGAGUAACCUGGCAGAGCAGCUGAAGGCUUGUAAUAAAGUUACUUUUGAAAAGACUCCUUUAAACAUAUUUAGUGAUCUGCAAGAUCGGCUUUUCUUUAAACUUAAGCUUGCUAUGGAUCUUACCUUAGAAAAGCUGAAUGAUAAGAUGUGUACACUUCAAAAGGUGAGGGACACUGUAAGUCACCAGGUGGCAUCUCUCCUUUAUAUUUAUGAAAUGAAUAUGGAGAAACUUGGACUUGAUGCUUCACUCAAGCGUUCAUCUCUUAGUCCUUCUGUAGCUGACAUGCUAGAGUGGCUGCAAGACAUAGAGAAGUAUUAUAGAAACCAAUGUAUCAAGCGGAAGCUUCUGUUACAGGUAGAUCACGAUCGCUUAUCAGAAAUACAGGGUUUGCCUCGUGCUUGGAAAGAGCUGGAAGACAAAUCGGCAGCAAAGCAGCAGUUAAUACAAGAUACCUUGCUUAGCGUGUCGUUAUUUCGUGAAGCUACAUGUGAAAAAGACUGACUUCAUUUUGACAAGAGGAAGAUUACAGAUCUCAUUUCAGAUUAUCAGCUUUCUGCACAAGAGGUUAUAUAGCAAAUUUGUGCCAUAACUUUCUGAUACAAACAACAGAAAUCCAAUUCUUUGGAUAUUGGUCUAGUUUUAAAAGACUCGUCUGUUUCAUCGAGGAGGGAGCCUACGUACCGUGGUCCAUAGAUCAUCUGAU